AUGGCAGAUCAACAGAUUGUGUUACAAAUUGGACAACUAUCAAGUUCAACACCACCACUACCACCACCUCAUGAUGAACAAACUAAAUCAGUAGCACCAGCAUCACACCAUGGUACCUUAAACCUCAGGGUAACUGAGCCGAUUUUGCUACACAUAAACUCGUUAACACCACUUCUCAAUAACCAACCAAUUAGUACUCAAUCAACACCAACACCAACACCACCACCACCACCACCACCACCAAAAAACCAAGUAACCUCUAAUCCACCGACUGAUAUUGCACAAUCUUUGAAAGGCACAAAGCACCAAAAGGCACUUAGCAAGAUGGGAAGCCUGGCAAACCUGUUACCCACAGGCACUGUUCUUGCAUUCCAAGCCAUCACGCCUUCCCUUUCCUACAACGGUAGAUGCCACAUCUUCAACAAGUACCUUGUUGCAUUCGUCAUGCUGGCUUGCUCUCUCGUUUGCUUCGUCUCUUCCUUCACCGACAGCCUAGAAUAUGAGCAGAAAGUGUACUAUGGCAUUGCAACAUUCAACGGGCUUUCAGUUUUCAACUAUGAACGUCGUGAGGUUGAAGAAAAAGCUCUUGAGGAUAAGCUGAAGUCGCUGAAGAUUACACCCAGGGACUAUCUUCAUGCGUUUCUCUCGGUUUUUGUGUUCCUGAUAUUUGCUUGUAGCAGCUUAGAGGUGCAGACCUGCUACUUUCCGGCUGGAAUAAGAGAUCAGUUGGAGUAUUCGAUGGUGAUAUAUUUGCCUUUGGUCGUUGGAUUGCUGUCAAGUUUCUUGUUCACCCAUUUCCCUACUAACCGUAGAGGGAUUGGCUACACAUGCACCAGAACAUGA